ACACUGCCUCCUCAGUGUUGCAAGGUCUGCAGUAGUGAACACUACCUAGGUGGGACGCUAUAGAGGGUCGGCGAUUAAAAUCGCUAGCUGCUCUCUGCUAUCGCGAUGCUAUUUUUAAUAAAACUGUAAUAUAAUUGAUAGGGUUAGGUUAGGUACAAAGUGAGUUUGUGGUCACAACUGGAUGGGAUUGUGUUGUGAAUAUAUAUAGUGCAAGUGUGCAAGUGUUUGUGUAUUGAUAAAAGUUGUUGAAUAACGAAAAACGAUUUGCAAAAAUCACCUACGAUCUGAUGUUUGUGUAGAUUUGAUCAAAUACACAGAAACCAACGAAAUUGAAUUAUAAUCAACACGAAUAAGUGUUGAUAACAAGUGUGUUUUUUCUGACAAACCCGUGAUUGAAACUACAAUCCAUAGGAUUGAUAUACCGUAUUUAGGUUACUACAUUAUACUCUGUGGAAUAUCACCAAUUAGAUAACUACGCUACAAUAAAUACCACGCGUAAUGGAAACUAAUUUGUAUGAAAGAUUCAACAAUUUUUUGAGCUAAAUCAGAGGACCGUACUGUGUGAAAUUAAAUCGUUUAAUUUUAUAACGUUUUCAACAGUUUUUUGUGUGGCUUCAACACAACUUUGAGGUACAUUGCAAGCGAUUUGACUUAGAAUGAGUGCAAAAACUGGAUUUUAAACAGUGUGAUCUCAAACUUACCACUGCGAUAAAGAUAUCGCAGGUCACAGCGUAUGACUACACCCUCUGUGGUGUAGAUAUAGGACUUCUAUUUCAAGCUUAACAAUCGAGAACCAUUUUGAAAACAUACCCUAAGAUAUGGUUUCGAAGCUUGUAGGACUUUAGCUGUAUUUCAAGCUUUACAAUCUAGAACGAUUGUAAAAAACAUACCCUGUUUCGUAUAACUCAACUAAGAUAACGUUUUGAACCUUAUAGGUUUUUCCUCAUUUCCAGAUCUACAAUUUAUUGAAACCGCUUGUAAAACAUUUCCUGUUUCAAUAAAUAUCUCAGUCAAGAUAACGUUUUGAAGCUUAUAGAACGUCUACCCUACUUCAAGCUUUACGAUUUAGAACGGUUGUGAAACAUAACUGUCUACCCUAUUUCAAGAUUUACGAUUGUAAACAAUCUAGAAUCGCUCUAGUUUGUUUGGAGUGAAGACAUCGCGAUAAAAAUCGCCUGAUCGACGAUCGUUGUGGUUAGAAUCGUGUGUUAUUACGUACGACAACCGUACGACAACUGUAUCAAGUACGUAUACAUAGAACGACAAACAUUUCUUGAUUGAAUUUGAUCGUUGAGGUUGGAAUCGUAUGUGAUUACGUACGACAACUGUACGACAACUACUACGUAUGUAUAAGUACGUACUACUAUCAAGUACGUAUACAUAGAACGACAAAACGUUUUUUGAUUGAAUUUGAUAGUUGAGAUUGAAAUCGUGUGUGAUUUUGGACGACAACUAACUACUAAGUACGUAUAAAUAGUUCAACAACCGUCUACUUUUACGUUUGUCUCUUACGUACGUAUAAAUAGUGCGAUAUUAAUUGAAUUAAUUUAGAUUUGAGCGGGCAAUGAGCACACUGCCAACUUGAUAAGGAAUGGGCACAGUGCUGAGUUUUAGUCCCCGCGAGCGGCGGACAAUCUACACGACCACUGCCAGCCAUCAUCACCACCCCUCUCACUCACCCCUCACCCUCAACAACCUGACCAGCUACGAACAGCUCAACAACGCCAAAAACGCCAUGAGCGCCUCACUAGCGCCCCAACAACAACCACCCAACAACAACCAUCACAACAACAUUAACAACGAGAACGCACGAAUUAUCUCCGAGAAGAACGCUCUGGAGAAAAAUUUCAAGAAACAUUCUCUGUUCAUCAACGCGCUCAGCUGGAAACGAUUUUCCACCACCAACAACAACAAGAAGAAAUUGGAUAACAAGAACAAAAACCUGAGCGCCAGUUUUCGGCAACCGCUGGUCGACAACAUCAACCCGAUUGUUGUCGAUAAAAACAAGAAUGUGCAGAAGGCUACGGCGAUAUCCUGCUACUACCCGCCGAAGGGUGUUGUUGUGUCGACGCCCAGCUUGGAUGUGGUGCGUGCCAACAACACUAACAACAACAACAGUAAUCUGCUGUUGAGUGAGAAGUUAGCGCCGAAAGUGGUGUUGUUGCCGCCGGCCAAGGUGCGUGCGCCCGCCAAGAAGACGGUGAUUCAGGCGUCCACUUCGGAGCUGUUGAAGUGUUUGGGCAUCUACCUGCACACCAAGUGCUAUCGGCUCAAGGACUUCCAGGCUGGGGAUGCGGUCAUGUGGCUCAGGACGGUCGACAGGAGUCUGCUGCUGCAGGGCUGGCAGCCCUCCCACUCCCUCUACCGCUACCUCUCCUACUCCUAUAUGGGCAACGAGAUCUCCUACCCGCUGAAACCGUUCCUGGUCGAAGACAGCAAAGACCGCUUCUGGGACCGCUGUCUGCUAAUCGUCAACUCGCUGUCCCGCAGCAUGCUGCGAAUCAAUUCGGAACCGGCGUUCUUCACCGAGAUAUUCACAGAGCUGAAGGCGUGCGGCACGCCAACGGGCUCCCAGGUGUCGCAGGCCGCUUGA